AUGGUCGAUUCCGUAGGUGAAAAGGCUCAAGAAGUCUUCAAGGAAGACUAUGCGCAGGCUAAAGAACAUGUCGCCCACGCCGCCAAGAGCAAGGCCUAUCUCUACCCGAUCAAGGCACGACUCGGAAUUGUCUAUCUCAUCGCCCACCGUUCGCUAUGGGCGCCAUUCCUUUCCAAGCUCGGUCCCUUGAUCCUCCUCUCCACAGGUGUCAUCGGUGGCAUGUUCGCAUUCACAUAUCUUCCACAGCUCGCCGUUCUCGUCUUCGUCAACGGACCUCUCGCUGUUGUGACCACCAGUCUGCUCGUUCUCAAUGAGAGCACCACCAUCAUCAACCUCAUUUCUCGAAACUAUCUCCUCCAGGAUGCACUUCUUGAUACCUUCGAUGGCACUCUGCUCACACGCGGAGACACUCAGAUCGUAAGCGAAGGAAGAGAGGUCAAAUCUGGCAGUGAUCCGAUGCAGAAGCUGGGCAAGAUCCUCAAGAGCCCAUUUGAGAAAUUCAGCCCAAAGGCCAUCAUUCGUUACGUCAUGUAUCUGCCUCUCAAUGCCAUUCCUGUCGUCGGUACCGCGAUAUUUAUCGCUCUCCAAGGCCGCAACCGAGGUAAGGGAGUUCAUGAUCGAUACUUCCAGCUCAAGCAAUGGUCGGCUCCCAAGAGGUCGGAUUGGCUUAACAAGAACGUCGGCCCUUACACAGCAUUCGGACUUGUUGCCACUCUUCUCGAGAUGAUCCCGGUUGCCUCCAUGUUCUUUACCUUUACCAACACAGGCGAGUCGUCCAAAGAUGUCGGCGCUGCCUUGUGGGCUGCUGAUAUCGAAGACAAAAAUACCACCAUGACUGAUGAAACGGCCCCAUCCCUGCGAGAGACAGCCGAGAAGGCCGAGUAGACGAGCCGAUAUUCUCACCACAUUGACUCAUCGGAGCUCACCCCUAGCGAGAAAAGAAAUCCCUGGAGGGAUUCGGUACGACGGACAGGUUUUGGGAUGGUUUUUCAAGGCGGGAGUUGAAGGAGAUCAUACAGAGCUAGAGUAAGGCAGCUUGAGCCGAUGGCUCCUGCCUAUUUACCCGGGCGCCUCUACGUAUGUUGAGAGUUUUAAGGCAGGAAGGCGGCUCAUGAUCACGGGAUUUUUAAUGAGGGAAGGUUUUUUUGUGUCCCUAAGGCAAUGGAUCUGUUUCUCUUAUUUCACAAAAAAGGUCUCGUUUUGUCUCUCG